AUGUCCAUGCCACCAGAGGUCACCGGUGAUGAGCUGAUGGCACAAAUGGGCGGAUCUGAGGGCGUUGAACCUAUUCCCCAUGAAUUUGGAGUCGAUUCAUCGCCUGUUGUGGAGAUCCCGUCGCCAUCUGCGGCUUUUCUCAGAGGAGCUGGCCAUGGGCCGCCGGCAGUGCCGAGAGUUGGCCUCUCCCGCAGUAGGGGCGGCCAGGGAGGCGUUAGAGGGGGCGCGGCUUCCAGGGGCGGCCAUGGACGCGGCAGCAGGGGCGCUGGCAGAGGCAUCGGCGGCAGGAGUGCGAGCGGCGCGGCCCAGGGCGCGGCCAACGCGUUGGGGCUCGGCGGCCUAGGUGCGGCCCCCCUCGGCGGUGCCGGCCUAGCUGCAGCCCCUCUGGGCGCUGCUGGCCUGGGCGCAGCAGGGGCGACGCGCACCAACAAGGGAGGCACCAGUGGCCAUGCCCGCAUCUCUAAUCUUCCAAAAUCGGACGUGCCGGGUUCUGGAAAAUUCAAGAAGAAAGCGCUGCAAAAUCAAGACUUCCUUAGAGAAAUGUUUGGUGACAUUUCUAAUGAUAAAACUGAUCAUUGGAACCCGAUGAGUGACAAUCCUAUUAUACCCGAUAGCCAAAAAGACACUGAAAACAUAGAUGGAGCAGGAGAGGAGGAAGAGGAGGACGAUUUGGUGCAUGAUUGGUCAUACAGAGAGGAAGAGGAUGAGGAGGUUCAGGAGAUGUAUGAUAGUGAGAGUGAUGGUUCAGAGGAGUCAGGUGAUGAUAGUGCUGAGUUUUGA